CCUCCACAGUCUUCAACCUUCCUGGCAAUCUCACUUCAUACUUCAGUAAUGAUUAACUGUCUUUCCUCAGAGGUCUGAAGGAACGAUAGAUAUAUAUUGAAGCACAAUAAGGACUCUGACACAGUGAGCACUGAAGAACAGUUGAGGAGAAGCAACAGUCCUCCAGAGGUCAGUUUCACUCAAAUUGAAAUGCAAGAGAGCUGACAAUGGGGUUCACAGCAUUGCUCUGUUUUCUGUCUGCAUUCACUCUGACAACACAAGAUUUGGCGAGCCUCAUUGUGAGCCCCACAGUGACUGCAGAGUGUGACCAACAAGUUACCCUGAACUGCAAUGUAUCCUCAUAUCAAAAUGGACUAUCAAUAACACAUUUGGAGUGGUCCCAAGAUAAAACAAAAUUAUGUACUAUGGACAGCUUGGGAGGACUUAUCCAACACAACACAGCCCCUCUUGGUAGCUUCCAAUGUGACUACGAAGAUGGAAGACUGUCCGUCACCUUUCCACGUGUGCGGGCUCUGAACAGUGGAAAGUACAGGUGCAAACUGCGUUCCAACCAUGGAACGUCCAAUGAAUACACAACAGUGGAGUUAAAAGAGUGUUGUGCGAAAGUUGAGGGUGUUUUCAUGAGUGAUGGUCCUUCCUGCACCUUCCAUCGUGUCUACCCAGAAGGAGAAGUGCACUGGUUUCAUGGCUCCCACAAUCUCUCAGACGGGUCUGUGAGGCACAACACUUCUCAAAGUGUGGAUAAUGAAGGUUAUCUGACUAUCCAUAGUUACUUGAAGAGGAAAAGUUCCCAUGUGCCUUACAAUUGCUCUUUAAAGAGCACCAGGUCUGGUAGGUACAUUGCAAGUACUCUGGUUAAAACUGAAUUGCCCAGCAACGGUGAAGUCAGAAACAUGGGAUCUUCAAACUUGAGCAGAUCACAGGAACCUAUGAGGACAAUUCUUGGUAUUUUAAUCUUACUAGCUGCCAUAAUGAAAUAAUGGAUUUGCCAAAGGAAAUCCAUGUCAGAGAGUCUGAUCGGAUGAAGUGAUGAUUAACACUGAUUAGAAACAAUGAGGUACUGACAUUUAUGCUGUUGUUUUAUUUUAUUUUUUUCAAGCACCAGAGCAACAGUGCUCUGAGUUAAGUGACUCAUCCUGCACGGUCUAAAGGUUCAUUUUUCUCCCUUUUUGCUCAUAGGUGAAGUGAACAAGAAAAUUACAGACUGUUGAGAGGUGAUAACAAGGGAGUCGAUAAUCAUUACACUGUAUAAAAUACCUUUGUUGUUUUGUUUCGACAGACUGUCACGGAUGGGAGAGCAAGGCAUAUUGGUUUCAUUAUACUCUUUUAGAAAACAACAAACACACCCACACUCACAGAAGGCAUACCUUCACAUAACUGGAAAGACAAAAUCUGCCUGGGACAGUUUUGUCUUGAGCUUUAAACCUCUGAACCACAAAUUAGCUUCAGAAGUGUGUACUUACUUCUAUGAGACUGAGAUGAAAGCAUCUGUUGACAGGUGUUUACACCAUGUGUCUGCAGCACCAUUGUGUUUGUGUAACUGUGAAUGAAUGCUUUCUGCGAAAACUGCAUGAAAACAAAUUCUUUAACAGAAUGCGGACCAUAAAAAAUGGGCUUUUCUGUAGUUUUCUUUUAGAAACAGAAGCUUUUUAGUUUGAAACGUGAAAUAGCAGGACGCAUGAAUCGUCAGUCAAGCAACAGAUCUGUGUGGUUUGUGGAUGGAUGCUGCCCUCUGGUGAACUAGCGGGAUAAUGAACAGUGAUAUAAAUUCCUGUAAGUAACAAGACAUAGGUAAUUUUUUCAGGCAGCAGUGGGCUGCACAUGUGGAAGGCAAUAUGACUGCAUUUAAAGGGUUGAUUUACCCAAGUUAGAGCUUGUAAAAAUGACAUGAAACCAGUCAAUGGUUGUAUAUGGGGCUAAUUUUAAGUAGAAAAUGGUUUCCACAGUGAGAUCUGUGGAUUAUCCAAAGUGAUAAAGAGACUGAGGCAGGGAAAUAUUAGCUUCUGUAUGGCUACAUGCCACCAGAGGUAAUUAAGAUUUGAAAAAACCAACCCCUAAGUUUGCAUGCCUGAAGUAUAUAUAAAUGCUCAGAUACAGAUCAUGUCUAACUUGCACAAAAAUUUAUAGUAAUAUGCAAAACUGUAUAUCAGUUCCUUUUUCAUUUGGAGUCAGACCAGCAAUCAGCAUGAGCAAGAAGGCAAAUAGAGAUCAUUUCUGUUGGUUCCCAUCUUCAGUUUGCCCUCAGACUCUCCCCAUUCAGGUCUCUGUAGGUAUAACUUAAAGCUAGAGGACAAACCCAGCUCCAAGGCUAAAACGCAGCCUUUUUACUGGCUCAGUGCACUCUCACUUCACUUCAGACAGGACAUUGGAGAGCCUUUUCAAGUCAGGAUGACUCUCUGCUAAUGGUGUCACUAAAUCGGUGUCAUGCAGGGGGAAGGUCGAGCUUUUAGCAAGACAACGAUGGGCCACGAGUAAACCAAGUCGAGGUCACCUUGACUAUUUCAGAGCGCAGGAUUGCAUCCAGACACAGACGUAACACACAAAGCACAGCUGUAUUUACAUCAUUACAGAGGACCCCACACUGACUUCCAUUGUUUUUUGUAUCAUUUUGGAGAUUAUGUCAUCCUAACCUUAACACAAGUCUUCAUCCAAACAUGUAAUAAUUUACAUCAAGAGGACUUAAUAUUGUCAGAUAUUGUGACUUUGUAAACAGAUUUAUGUCGCCUACAUACACACCAGUCCAGAUAUGCUUGCAGAAAACUUGAAUAUUUGUGUUGUCUUUAAAGGGUUUGGGGCAGAAUAAUGAUCUUUCAAAAGCCUAAUAUUGAAAAUACUGCUACUGACAAGAAUGAAAUGAGAUAUACUCAGCUUACAAAUAUUUAGCAGCUUAAAAUUAAAGCAAUUUACACAAACAGUGAGAAACUAAAGCACUAAUGCAGAUUGAGUGAAUGAACAUUUUAAAAAAUAUAUAUAAUAUUCCUGCAUUCAGACUUACAACAGAGUGAUGUGCUGCAAACAAUAUUCUGCAAUAGUUUUUAAAAUGAAUGAUUGUAAAUUCUCUUGAUUUUUUUAAACUAGAAAAUUAAAUACCUGAGUUAUUGUUUUACUUGAAAUUGGAUGUCGUCAAAAGCAGGAGGGAUCACUUAAGGUCUACAGGACAUCAGUCGCAGUCUCAUCAUUGUGUAAAUGAGUUCACCUAGAAAUCUGCUUGUUUGGUCUUCUUAUUGGUUUUCAGUUUUGGUAUAUUCAGAAAAUUUUACUGGCAUUAAUGUUUGUGAAAUGUUUUUGUAAAUAAUGACUGUUGUAUUUUUUUCUUAGUUUGUUCUGUUUGUUUUUACAAUCAAGAGUGAUUAUUCAAAAUGAUUGAUGUGUGAUUAUUUUCCAUAAGACUGUCAUUAUGUGAUCUGCUGUCACUUGGACUGUACAUCAUUCACAAUCCUAGAUAGACAUGUGAAAUCUAACGUAAUCCAUUACAGCAGCUCUGUCACAAAUUUUACUUUUACAAAGGUUCUGCACUUUCAGUUUUUACUGACACUAUCAAAAGGGUGAAAUUUCUGCUUUAUGUUUUUGAGUGGUAGUGCACUGUGUUACAGUUAAAAAUGUUUUUGACAUUAUACUCCUCUCAUGUAUGUAAAGAGCAAAAGUGUGUGCAAAAUGAAUAAAUGUAAAUAUCUGUACAUCCUGACGAAGGUAAUGGCUAAAACAUUAAUCUUGAACAUUUAAAAUUAAAGACUGAAUUGACAUUUGCACAGCUGUCCUGGAGCUGUGAGACAACUUUAA